GAGAAGUCAUACAACUAACUUUACGUGAGCAAGAUGAAAAUGAGCAAUAUAUUUAAUCGUGGCUUUAGAGUGAAAGAGAGACCAAAAGAUGUAUCAUUUAUUGAAUACGAUGAUCAUAGAGUAAUUGAUACGAUGCCAAAUGAAAAUGUUCAAUUCUCAAGAUUGCUGCGAGAAAAUUCAAUCUAUAAGCUGCCAAAGUGUAACAUAAAUCAUGAAAAUAAACUUGGGGACAAAAUAGAAAUCGCGUUCGACGAAUAUAAAAAAUAGUGAUCACCAUGAAACUCAAAACUUAAUUAAAAUAGGAAACGCAGGAGUAUCGGAAAUAAAAUUUCUCAGUGAAUUUGCAAAAAAAUUGGAUAAAAAUGUUGAGUGCGAACGCAGAGAAAUAAAUGAUAGAACAGAAGAGCUCAAUUAUGAAAAUAAACUCGGAACACACAUUCACACGGUGUAUAAUUGUAUUGAAAGCGAAAAAUCAUUCAAGCAGAAAAGUAAUCUUCAAACAACCCACAUACAAUCAUCAUAUAAUGGCAUAAAGUUUACAUGCGAUAUAUGCGGAAAAAACUUUAGCCGAAAGAAUCAAGUUAAAGUUCACAUCAACACAGUGCAUUAUAAACUCAAGCCUUACAAAUGUGAUGAAUGUCAAAAAUUAUUUAGCUUUAAAAACCUUCUCAAAUCCCACAUUGAUAUGGUGCAUAACGGAAUCGCUCAAACGUGCAAUGUGUGCGGGAAGACAUUUUCUCAAAAAGCUAAUCUCAAUGUUCACGUCAAUGCAAUGCAUAAUGGUAUCAGACAUGCGUGCGACAUAUGCGGGAAAAAAUUUAACCGAAAGGGUUAUCUAAAAAUCCACACUGAUUCCGUACAUAAAGGUGUUACACAUCCAUGCGGCAUAUGCGGAAAACGAUUUACCCAAAAGUGUCAAAUCAAAGUUCAUAUCAAUGCAGUGCACAAUAAACUCAAACCUUACGAAUGUGACCAAUGCCAGGAAUCUUUCAGCUACAACACGGUUCUCAAAGUCCACAUUGAUGCGGUACAUAAUCGUAUCACUCAGGCAUGCGAUACAUGCGGAAAAAUAUUUUCACAAAAAGCUAACCUUAAAGCUCAUAUAGAUAUGAAGCAUACUGGUAUCACACAUACAUGUGAUGUAUGUGGUAAGACGUUUUCAAAAAACGAUCAUCUCAAGUUCCAUAUUGAUACAGUUCAUAUUAAUCUUAAUUUUAAGCCUUACAAAUGUGAUAAAUGUCAAAAAACAUUUGGCUACCGAAGUUCACUCAAAACCCACAUUGAUGCGGUACAUAAUGAUAUUUCACACGCAUGUGAUACAUGUGGAAAAAAAUUUAAACAAAAAGGUCAU